AUGGACUUCUGUCCUCUCUCUGUGCUGCUCUCAAGACCAAAAGCUGUGGCCUCCAUAAAGCCUGAUCCACAGGUAUUUGAGGGAGAGACUGUCACUCUCAGAUGUAACAUACAGAGAAGAGGUGUCUCUAUGUGGCGGUACAGCUGGAAUGAAGAGGGUUCACUCAGUCCUGUCAGCAGAGAACAGGUGUACACAAUCAGUGGUGCUGAAGAGUCUCAUACAGGUAACUACACCUGUAGAGGAACAGAGGCAGGAGGAUCCCGCUACUCCCACACCAGUGAUGCUGUUAGACUGACUGUACCAGCAGUGAAACCUAAACCUGAACUCACAUCUAGCCCUCAAGGAGCUGCAGUGAUGGGAAACCCAGUGACUCUGUACUGUAAGCUGGAGCAGUCUGCUGGAUGGAGGUUUUACUGGUCCAAACACACACAGAACCCUGAGAAUGAGACCAACACUGCAACACGCUCCUACACCAUCAGUGCAGUGAAGCUUUCUGAUGGAGGCCAGUACUGGUGUAGAGCUGGCAGAGGAAAUCCAGUCUACUACACACACUACAGUGAUGCGCUCUGGGUAAACAUUACUGGUGUGUCUUCUCUAGUCUCUCUGAUCAUCAUUCCUAACAGAACUCAACACUUCAGUGGUCACUCUCUCUCACUGAGCUGUGAGGACCAGAGGAACUCUACUACAUGGAGAGUCAUGCAGUACUCACAAGAUAGGAGUGUGUCAGACUGUCCAUCAGACAGGAGAUCAGUUACAAGCUCUACAUGCAACAUCAGCUCUCUCUCCACAGCCCAUACUGGAGUGUACUGGUGUCAGUCUAAAUCUGGAGGGAGCAGUAAACCUGUCAACAUCACAGUGCAUGAUGGUGAUGUGAUCCUAGACAGUCCUGUACAUCCUGUGACUGAGGGAGAUUCUCUGACUCUACGAUGUUUAUUGAACAAAACAUCUUCUAACCUCAUAUCUUACUUCUAUAAAGAUGGAUCACUCUUUUGGAACCAGACCACAGGACAGAUAACCAUCCAUGUCAUCUCAAAAUCAGAUGAGGGUCUCUACUGCUGUGAAUACCCAGAAAGAAGAGCAUCACCGCAGAGCUGGGUCUCAGUCAGAGUCUUAAGUCCUGGAUCCAAUGGUGUAAUAGUUGGACCAGCUGUGGGAAUCAGUUUAACCUUGUUGCUCAUUAUCAUACUUAUCCUGUUCCUGAGCUACAAGAACAAAGCUUUUUGUUCAAAUGAACACUUUUAUUUACACGGCCUUCUUUCCUCUUUAAUAGGAGGUGAUCUGAUUUAUGCCAAUGUUGGUAACAGGAUUACAGAUGCUGGUGCAGGACCCAGUGAUGUGACUUAUGCUCAAAUUAAAAUGAAAUCCAAGAAGAAACCAAAACAAACAGAGAAGACCAGGGAGGGCACUGAUGUGAUGUUCUCAGAACUGAAACAGAAGUCAGAAAACAGUAGUAGAACAUCACAGCUCCACUUCAUAAAUGCCAGAUAA